UUUUUAUAAAUUUUGCACAAAUUCAAGUGAACACGAAAAAAGCGCAUUUCCAGCAAACCAAAAGAAUAUCAAUAUCAACCAAUUGCCCCAUAAACGGCAAGCAACCAAACCAACGCCAUUAAUUUUUUCAACUCGGCAGCGAAAACCGAGAAUUCAUUAAAAAAUAAAUAAAAAAAAAAAAAAUGUGCACGAAAACAUCGAAAACGCCGCUACUCUUAAUUGGCGGCGUCUGCUUCGUCAUUGUGCUGGUCGGCAUUACUGGCGUAACGCUGAUCAAUAAUCUCAAUUUGUCCAACAUCAUCAAGCUGAACGAGAAAGUCGCCAGCGACAGCAUGAGCGCACACGACACCGAACUGCACGAAAUUAAUUACGCCAAUAAUCAUCCGAAAAAUAUAUACAAAUUCGAUGAAUUUUCAGCGCCAUACGCAUUGGCUGUAGCCAGCUACAGCUACAGCCAACACACCGCCUCAUCGGCGGCAGCAGCACACGCGCUGCCACCUUCCAUACACGCCAGCCCAGCGCUGACAGGUGGGGGUGGGCCGGCGGCCAUUGCUGGACCAGCCGUUGCAUUUGUGGAUGCCGAGGCGAAUAGCGGCAAUGCGGCGGCAGACAAGAUUAUAGAAGUGCUACCACAAGCGAAUGAACGGCAGCAAGGACUUGACAGCACAUCUCAGAAUUGGCUAAAAGAGAAUGGGAAAUUGCACAGCAGAGGGCUGCCGAUUGCCACUAGCGCAAAAACAAAUACCAUAAUAACUACAGAGACAGCUGCAGAUGCAUCAACGACAUUGGUCAAUAAUCCACAUGGAAACACCAUGCAAUCCAAUGCGUCAGUAACUUUAAGUGCUUCCGCUCCGCCUACGUCGGCACCGAGCAACGUGAGCACCACCUUUCGCAAUGCAACGAGUGUAAAUACUAAUAAUGCAAACGCCGCAUCCGCAUCAGUGUCUGUUUCAUCAGCCGCUGUUGACAUAGCCGCUAAAUUGAUGUUGCCAUUGAUACUCAACGGUAGUGCAAGCGUAUCGGUGGGCAGCGGUGGCGAAAAUGGAAAUGAAGAGCACAGCAUUGAAGUUGAUACAGCAUGGGGUUUUCCAAGUGAUAAUCGAAUGAAAUCCGCUGACACGCAUACAUCGAAGGGUGGCACUGCCAUGCAGCCAGGGCGCCUUUUAGUGCCCAGCGAAGAGGAAGGUGUCGAUAAGGAGAAACGUGAUCGCGUUGUAAAGAUGAUGCUCCACGCUUGGGAAAAUUACAAACUCUACGCUUGGGGUAAAAACGAAUUGCGACCGCUGAGUCAACGCCCGCAUUCGGGCAGUAUUUUUGGUGCCUACGAUCUUGGCGCAACUAUAGUCGAUGGCCUGGAUACACUCUAUUUGAUGGGAUUGGAGAAGGAGUAUCAAGAAGGGCGCGAUUGGAUCGAACGUAAAUUUUCGCUUGACAACAUUAGCGCCGACUUAUCAGUAUUUGAAACGAAUAUACGCUUUGUGGGUGGCAUGUUGACACUGUACGCCUUCACUGGUGAUAAUCUGUACAAAGAGAAAGCACAACACAUUGCUGACAAGCUAUUGCCCGCCUUCCAGACGCCCACCGGUAUACCAUAUGCAUUGGUAAAUACACGAACCGGUGCUAGUAGGAAUUAUGGCUGGGCUUCAGGUGGCAGUUCGAUUUUAUCCGAAGUUGGCACAUUACAUUGCGAAUUUGUAUACCUUAGUGAUAUAACUGGUAAUCCAUUGUAUAGAGAACGUGUACAAACUAUACGACAAGUUUUGAAGGAGAUCGAGAAGCCAAAGGGUCUCUAUCCGAAUUUUAUCAAUCCCAAGACGGGCAAGUGGGGACAAAUGCACAUGUCGCUGGGCGCUUUGGGCGACAGUUUCUUCGAGUAUCUGUUGAAGGCGUGGCUGCAGUCGGGUCAGGUAGAUGAGGAGGCGCGUGAAAUGUUCGAUGACGCAAUGGUAUCGAUUAAUGAGCAUAUGAUCCGCACCAGUUCGGGUGGUCUGACGUAUGUGUCUGAUUUGAAAUUCGAUCGUUUGGAACAUAAAAUGGAUCACUUGGCGUGCUUUGCAGGUGGUCUCUUCGCCUUAGCAGCCAAUACGCGACAAAACCAAUAUGCUAAUAAAUUUAUGGAAAUCGGCAAGGGUCUGACAAAUACCUGUCAUGAGAGCUACGCAAGAACCGCCACUAAAUUAGGACCUGAAGCCUUUCGCUUCAGCGACGCAGCCGAAGCGCGUGCCUUGAAAUCACAAGAGAAAUACUACAUACUGCGACCGGAAACAAUCGAGAGCUACUUUGUGCUAUGGCGUUUGACGCACGAUCAGAAAUAUCGUGAUUGGGGCUGGGAGGCUGUGCAAGCGUUAGAGGCCCACUGUCGCACACCACAUGGCUAUUGCGGCAUUAAAAACGUAUAUCAGGAGAUGCCGCAGAAGGAUGAUGUGCAGCAGAGUUUCUUCUUGGCGGAGACGUUAAAGUACUUGUACUUGCUCUUUUCCGACGACUCUUUGCUGCCACUCGAUGAGUGGAUAUUCAACACGGAGGCGCAUCCUUUGCCCGUACGUAGCGCGAAUGUGUUCUACCGCGCGGCGCCACCCGCUCAGACGCAAGCAGACGAAAAUCGUUAAAAUUUUGUGCUAAAAUAAGGACGCUGCUGCGCACGUUUUAGCUGUGGCAAAUUCAAUCCAAAUGAAAACCUCUGCAAUUAGUUUUUUUUUUUUAAGAAUACAUAGACACUUUUUUUUUUUUGUUUUAGGAACAUUUGAUUUGUAGCAUAUAUGAUUUAUACAAAAGUUAACCGGACGUUACAUACUGUAGAAGAUAUAGUUUGCUCAGCGAUUUAUUUAUUAUUAUUAUUUUAUUUUUUUUUUAAUAAGAAGGUAAUCGAAUACUUACACGAUGUAUAUAUAUAUAUGUUCGUUAUAUGUAUAUGUACAUAUGUACAAAUGUAUGUAUAUUACACUUGUAUACUGUUGUCCAUUUUCAUUUUUUGUUAAUUGCAUGUAUAUUGUAUAGUUUUAAAUUUUAAUAGGCCUUAUCUUGUAGUAGCACGCAAAUAUUAGUAACAAAUUUUUUACGUCACAUAAUAUAUAUUUUUUUCAAAAUUUAUAAUUUUCGAUUACUUUUUUUUUAAAUUUCGAUGAGGAAAGACUUUAAAAAUCAGCAAAACCAAAAACACAUUAAACAAACUAAAAACUAUUAGCGUUUUUCUUAAACAUAUUGCC